CAAAGAGGAAGCGGUGCCAAAAUUGCAGGCGCAGCUGCUUAUGAGUGAGCCGAGGGAAAGCGAAGCAGCUCCCGCGAAACGGAUCACCAUGCCCAAAUUUACCCUUAGGCAAAUGAGGGAGAUCGGAGAGCAGUUUUUACAGUUCCUGCAGGAUUCUGGCAACCAGGCACUGAACAGCAAGAUUGCCUUGAAGGCUCUGUACAAUCAGGAGUUCCGAAAUCGAGAUAAUAUAAAAAGACCCAACUUCUCCAAUGUGCUGUAUGCGCUGGCGAUAUCAAACCGUGCUUUAAUCUAUGGGGAUCAUGUGCGUUUUUUUCAGGGGAAGAAGAAACUAAAACUUAUUGAUCAAUAUUGGAAACCAAAAGAUGAUACCGGAACUGAAGACCAUUCUACCCCAGAUGAAAAAAUAUUCAAUAAUCCACUCCCCCCUGGAGCACGGGUUAAGCGCAGAUCAAUGUUUGUGUCCAAUAAGAACGGCGUGAAAAUUAUUUCGGAGCAUGAUAAGCCAAAUGGUAAAAUUCGAUUCAACAUUUCUCCAGAGCAGUGUGUGACUAUUAAAAUUGAGGUGAAGAACAGUGGAACAAAUGAAAUUAUGCUGGAAAAUUACAGACUGAUAAAACGUUGUGAAUUCACUUUUGUAGUUUCUGAACAAACUUCACCUGUGAAACUACCACCAGGGUCAGUUCAUGAAAUCCCAAUCACAUGUGGGGUACAGGACUAUGGCUUCUUCAAUGUUACCAUGCAGUUCAAUUUCACCAGUGAACAGACUGGGAAAUUCCACAUCGGACGUUUUGUGCAGGCUGUUGCCAAUACCGAGUUAGCACAACAACUUUGUCCAUCAGAACCUUAUCAGCCUUAUCAAGCCAAACUGCACAAACCACAGUUCAGAUCUAUAGAAGAUGGCUUUCCACCAAACAACACUUCGUUCAUAGACUUGGAGCAGAAACCUUUAGAUCAGUACAAAUACCCAAGCAAUCUGAAGGAUUUGAUUGUAUGCUUGAAUGAAGGUAAUACUCAUAAUGAUGGCACCAGCGACAAGAUUGCCCAUCUACAGAGCAGUCUGGAAGCCCCCUUGCAAUUUGGCAAUUAUUCUGAGAAAUUUUGUCUGCUUCUUCACUUGGAAGAGAUCCAAAUGGAGGUGGACAUCCAUCGAUAUGAUAUGCAGAAUGUUAGUAUGUUUACAGACAAAUACAAUAAGAAACUCCUUGUUCUGAAGGCGCCUGGUGUUGCAGAGAACCGGCCUUCCGUGUUGAAAGGUGACCAUCUGUUUGUGAUCCCUGCUGAAGGGCAACCAAAAUACAAUGUUCCCUUCUAUAAAGGUUAUGUUCAUGCUGUGGAGUUGGAUCAAGUCAAGCUGGGAUUUUCUGAAAAAUUACUAAAUAAAUUUGUCAAUAACAUGAAGUUUGAUGUGGAAUUUACUUUCAAUCGCCUGCCCUUACGUCUGCAGCAUCGGGCUGUUAUUCUUGCCCAGAAGAGUCAACUCUCUCAUUUGCUCUUCCCAUGCUUCUCUUACAAGAAAUCCCUCCUGUCUCCUAAUCAGGAACUCUGCCUAUAUAAUCCUAAUCUGAACAACAAUGCGGAGCAGAAGGAAGCUGUCCGUCAAGUGGUGGCAGGGACCUCCAGACCAGCCCCAUAUCUUAUAUUUGGGCCUCCCGGUACUGGCAAGACGGUCACUAUGGUGGAGGCCAUUAAGCAGGUUCUACGAUGCAUUGAGGGUGCCCAUGUGCUUGCUUGUGCUCCUUCCAACAGUGCUUCAGACCUGCUCUGCCAACACCUCAUGAAACAUGUCAAUCCUAGGAACAUCUACAGGAUGAAUGCUAGCAAUAGGGGUUACCAUACAAUCCCCGAGGAUAUCAAACCUGUGUGUAACUGGGAUGAGGCACAGAGUUGCCAUGUAUUUCCAAGAAAGGAAAAACUGCAAAGCUACAAGGUUAUUAUCACUACACUGGUGACAGCAGGAAGAUUGGCUUCAGCUGAUUUCCCUCAAGGACAUUUUUCUCAUGUCUUUAUUGAUGAGAGUGGCCAUGCUGUGGAACCAGAGAGCCUGAUUGCCAUUUCAGGUAUUCUUGACAUGAUGGACCCAAAGACAAAUGUCAAUGGAGGUCAGCUGGUUUUGGCAGGAGAUCCCAAGCAACUAGGACCAAUUUUGAGAUCUCCUCUGGCAGUUCAACAUGGCUUGGGACUUUCUUUGCUGGAAAGGCUGAUGUGCUUCAACCCAUUAUACCAAAAGACAAAUGAAAAAUACAACCCACAAUUUGUCACUAUGCUUCUGCGUAAUUACAGGUCUCAUGAAGACAUCCUCAGAUUCUCCAAUGAAAAAUUUUAUGAUGGAAAGCUCCUGGAAUGUGGUGAUCACCUAAUUACUCAUUCCUACUGCUACUGGAAUGAACUGCCCAAGGCGAAAUUUCCUAUCAUCUUCCAUGGGGUCUGUGGGGAAGACCAGCAGGAAGGGAGGAGCCCUUCAUUUUUUAAUACUGCUGAGAUUAGUGUGUUGAUGGAUUAUCUCAAGAAACUACUUCUAGAAAAUCAGGGCAAAAAAGGAAUCAAAACUCUUCCCAAAGAGAUUGGGGUCAUCUCCCCAUACAGAAAACAGGUAGAGAAGAUAAGACAGGCCAUAAAUAUGAAAUUAAAGGACCUGAUGAAUAUCAACGAACUAAAGGUGGGCUCUGUGGAAGAAUUCCAGGGUCAGGAGCGUCGCGUGGUGCUCAUUUCAACAGUACGCAGUAGCAGCAAUUACUUCGGAAUGGAUGAAGAGUUCAACCUUGGUUUCCUCAAUAAUCCCAAGCGCCUGAAUGUGUCCCUUACAAGAGCUAAGGCGCUCUUGAUCAUUAUAGGCAACCCAACUACACUAAGCAAGGAUCCAUAUUGGAAUGAGUUUCUUAAAUACUGCAAACGCAACCAAGCUUGGAAGGGAUAUAAACACAGUGAAGUAGAGGAUGAGUUGCCAAUAGCAGCGCUGUCUGCUCUCAACAUAAAUGAUCAGCCAGCAGAUAACGGCUUACAAGAUAGUUAUAUCCAGCAGCAAGUGGAGCCACAGUGGAGAUAUGAACAUUGAAACUAGUGCUGUGUCUUAAGCACAAUCCUGGUGAAUGCUGCCUUCUUGAUCCUUUCGGCAAGAUUGACAGAGAAGACAAGUAGCCAAAUUUUAUUUGAUCUUCAUACCUUCUAUUUCUCAGGAGUAAAUAUCAGGGUUCUCAAAAUUCUCUGCUUAAAAAAAAAAAAAUUAAUGAGAUACAAGUUCAUGUGUGGUUACCAAUAGCGACUGAAUUAUGUAUUCUUUCAUGAGUGGCUACACAUUUGUUAUGCUGAGAACAAGUGCAUAUGAGCACAUGUUGGGUAGGUCUGAGGAAUUAAAUUACAGGAAUGGUAAUUGAAAUAUUUUUGAUAUUUCAAAGAGAUUAUGAGUAGAGAUUAUGAAGAAUUUUGGGGAGAGGGAAACUUAUCAAAACUUGUUAGUCUCAAGACUUAGAUUUUAUGUAACCAGUUUUUGUACUAAAUUUAUUAAAAUAUAUAAGAUUUAAUUAUAUGCACCAUGAUUCUGUAUUAGUUAUAAAAUUCUCUUGUUUCAUCCUUUCCCCUUUUCGGGAUGGGGGGUUAUCAAGGACCAGGGUUUUUAAAAAAUCAUUUUCUACCUAUAUCCUGUUGCGAUAUUGUACUGAAGGCAAAGCACAAGCCAGUGUCCCUCAGACAAAAAUGCAAGAGAACACUAAUCAGAAUAGAGGCUAAUUUCUCCCAGGCAUGCAUAUGAAGAUUUUGGCAGCCCCUUGCCUUUCAAGGUUACGGAGGGAGACUGACAAAUACAUUGGCUUCUAGUCCAGCUUCAUAUGUUGCAGAAUUCCACAAAUCUUCCUUCUGUUAUUUGUGAAAACAUAAAGCUGUGAAAAUCCAUACAAGCACCAAAUUACAGAAUUAGUAUAAAAAGCAACA